AGACCAGAACCAGGACCAGAACCAAGACCAGAACCAGAACCAAGACCAGAACCAGAACCAGAACCAAGACCAAGACCAGAACCAAGACCAAGACCAGAACCAGAACCAGAACCAGAACCAAGACCAAGACCAAGGCCAGAACCAGAACCAAGACCAGAACCAGAACCAAGACCAGAACCAAGACCAGAACCAGAACCAGAACCAGAACCAGAACCAGAACCAGAACCAAGACCAGAACCAGAACCAAGACCAAGACCAGAACCAAGACCAAGACCAGAACCAGAACUAAGACCAGAACCAAGACCAGAACCAGAACCAAGACCAGAACCAGAACCAAGACCAGAACCAGAACCAAGACCAGAACCAAGACCAGAACCAGAACCAAGACCAGAACCAGAACCAAGACCAGAACCAAGACGAAGACCAGAAUCAGAACUAGAACCAAGACCAAGACCAGAACCAGAACCAAGACCAGAACCAGAACCAAGACCAGAACCAAGACCAAGACCAGAACCAGAACCAAGACCAAGACCAAGACCAGAACCAGAACCAGAACCAAGACCAGAACCAGAAUUAAGACCAAGACCAGAACCAGAACCAGAACCAAGACCAAGGCCAGAACCAGAACCAAGACCAGAACCAGAACCAAGACCAGAACCAGAAUCAAGACCAGAACCAGAACCAGAACCAAGACCAGAACCAGAACCAGAACCAGAACCAAGACCAGAACCAGAACCAGAACCAAGACCAAGACCAGAACCAGAACCAAGACCAGAACCAGAACCAGAACCAGAACAAGAACCAAGACCAGAACCAGAACCAGAACCAAGACCAGAACCAGAACCAGAACCAAGACCAAGACCAGAACCAAGACCAGAACCAGAAUCAAGACCAGAACCAGAACCAAGACCAAGACCAAGGCCAGAACCAGAACCAAGACCAGAACCAGAACCAAGACCAGAACCAAGACCAGAACCAGAACCAAGACCAGAACCAGAACCAAGAACAGAACCAGAACCAGAACAAGAACCAAGACCAAGACCAGAACCAGAACCAGAACCAAGACCAAGACCAGAACCAAGACCAAGACCAGAACCAGAACCAGAACCAAGACCA